ACCUUCCUACCUCAUUUAGUAAUGUGGGAGAAAUUUCUGAUUGAACUGAAGAUAACUCCUUCCUCCUCCUCUGACUCCGCAUUGGUGGCCGUCUUUAGUUCUCAAAUCACCAGAACUCAGAAGAACUCAGCCUCAGGAAACCAGUGCCUAGUUUUUAUGUUACACUGUUGUCACAAUGGCUUCAGGGAAGGAAAACAGUGGACUGGACAAUCUGGCAUUUGAUAUGGAUGAACAAAUCAAUGAUCAACCCAGAGAAAAGGUGGGUAAGACAGAUGGGAGCAGCUGUGUAACAGAGGAUGACAGAAACAAACCGACCUAUUGUGUAACCGAUGUUCCUCCCUGGUACCUUUGUAUUUUUCUGGCCAUUCAGCAUUACCUGACAGCAUUUGGUGGGAUCAUCUCCAUCCCUCUCAUUCUCUCCGAGGGGCUGUGUCUGCAACAUGACAGCCUGACCCAGAGUCGCCUCAUUAAUACUAUUUUCUUCGUCUCUGGCCUGUGCACCCUGCUACAGGUCACCUUCGGUGUCAGGCUUCCCAUCCUACAGGGGGGUACAUUUGCCUUGGUGACGCCUGCCAUGGCCAUGUUGUCCAUGCCGGAAUGGAAGUGCCCAGCUUGGACUCAGAACACCACUCUGGUCAACACCUCCUCACCUAUCUUCAUAGAAGUGUGGCAGUCACGCAUUAGAAUGCUGCAGGGCUCUAUCAUGGUGGCCUCUCUCCUCCAGAUCCUGGUCGGUUUUUCUGGCCUCAUCGGUUUCCUCAUGCGCUUCAUUGGACCGUUAACCAUUGCCCCCACUGUCUCCCUCAUAGGCCUGUCACUGUACGAGUCAGCCGGAGCCAAGACAGGCAGCCACUGGGGCAUCUCUGCUAUGACCACAGUGCUGAUCAUCCUGUUCUCCCAGUAUCUCCGUCGCAUACCAAUCCCUGUUCCUUCAUACAGCAAAACCAAGAAACUGCACGUCUCGAAGUUCUACAUCUUCCAGAUAAUGCCUAUUCUGCUGGGCAUUGCGGUCUCAUGGUUAGUCUGCUACCUCCUCACCAUCUAUGAUGUCCUACCAUCUGAUCCAGCUCAAUAUGGCUACCUGGCCCGCACUGAUGUGAAGGGAAAUGUGGUGAACGAAGCUUCCUGGUUCACAUUUCCUUAUCCAGGUCAGUGGGGGGUGCCAACUGUGAGCCUGGCAGGUGUGUUUGGCAUGAUGGCGGGAAUAAUAUGCUCUAUAUCAGAGUCUGUGGGCGACUACCAUUCAUGCGCCAAGCUCUCAGGGGCACCUCCUCCCCCCAAGCACGCCAUCAGCCGGGGCGUUGAAGGGCUGGGCUCUUUGUUGGCAGGGGCUUUUGGCACAGGCAAUGGCACUACCUCAUUUAGUGAGAAUGUGGCAGCUCUCGGUAUUACCAAGGUGGGUAGUCGAACGGUGAUUCUCCUAAGUGGAAUUUUCAUGAUUUUGAUGGGCAUGCUGGGUAAAAUUGGAGCUGUUUUCACAACCAUCCCCACCCCUGUGAUUGGAGGGAUGUUCCUGAUCAUGUUUGGAGUCAUAACUGCAGCUGGAAUAUCUAAUCUGCAGUCCACAGACAUGAACUCCUCCAGGAAUAUCUUUGUUUUUGGUUUUUCCAUGUUCUGUGCACUCGUCAUUCCACACUGGAUCUUGGAGAAUCCUGGUUUUAUAGCAACAGGUGUGAAAGAGCUGGACCAAGUGCUGCACAUAUUGCUGACCACCCAUAUGUUCGUGGGAGGUUUCCUUGGCUUCUUCCUCGAUAACACAGUUCCUGGGACUAAACGUGAGCGUGGCCUCUUAGAGUGGAGCAAAGUGCAUAUAGAGGACUCUGGCAACACCUUGGGAACUGAGGAGGUGUAUGACCUCCCCUUUGGCAUAACCUCUUGCCUCUCAUCCCAGGCUUGGGUUCGCUACAUCCCUUUCUGCCCAUGGAGGGGCCAGAAAUCUCAGCACAAGUCUGACGACAACAUGUCACAGAGCCAUGGAAAUGAGCACAACACAGGGGUCAUUGAUGAAAUAGCACUAUAAUGUCUAAAGCAGAGGUUGUUAUAUAAUUUAUUAAAACAACUUGCACUUUUUGCUGUUUCUUACCACUCUGGAGCCACAGAAAUAUUGUCAAGACUUUCAUGGCUUUGAUCUUUAUGCUAUAUAUCUCUGGCUGCUUCUUAAAAUUGAAUAAUAUUCUGGCAAAAUAUAAUCUUGGUCAUUUUCUCUUUCUAAAAUUAAGUUAAUCUCUUUUUUUAGUCCUACAGUUUUUUUGGUUUUUUUUGUAGAAAAACUGUCAAUACUGUGGUAAAUGUUAACAUGGAAAUUGUAUUUUCACCAUGUGAGACUUAUUACACUGAGAGAGAAAUAAAAAUAUCUGAGUGUGAACUUUAGCACUCACAUCCUGUCAACACCAAUUAAAAGGGAAAUAUUGAACGAUCA